AUGCCUUUCAAGCAGCCUCUCGGUGAACGUGCCGAGAAUCGGGUUGCACCAUCUUUUAUCCGGCCACUAGCCGAUAAGAGAGCAGUGGUUGGAGAGCGAGUUGUGCUGCAAUGUCAGUUGGAUGGCCAUCCGACACCGGCGGUGAAAUGGCUCAAGGAUGGUCAUAAUGUCUCCAACUGCCCUGAUUAUGAGAUUCAAGAAGACGGUCAUGUUCAUCGGUUGAUCAUUUCACAAGUUCACAGCGCAGACAGUGGAAGGUUCACCGCCCAAGCUGCGAAUGCUGCUGGACUGCGACAGUCGACAUGUAUUCUUAUUGUCGCUCCGGCUCCUACUCCGAUACCCGGUGGAAAGCACAUAACUGCGUAA